AUGAUCAUAGACAACGUGGACGCGCUCAAGUCCUGGCUCGCCAAGUUGCUGGAGCCCAUAUGUGAUGCAGACCCCUCAGCCUUAGCCAACUAUGUUGUGGCGCUAGUCAAGAAAGACAAACCAGAGAAAGAGCUCAAAGCUUUCUGUGCUGAUCAGCUGGAUGUCUUUCUGCAGAAAGAAACUUCAGGUUUUGUAGAUAAACUCUUUGAAAGUCUGUACACGAAGAGUUAUCUCCCUUCUCUUGAACCAGCAAAAGCAGAAGUGAAGCCUGCAGCUCAGGAGAAAGAAGAAGUCAAGGAGGAGAAUUUUCAAGAACCACUUGAGGAAGAGCGAGAAAGCAAGAAAAAGAAGUAUUCCAGCCCACAGAGAAGCCGUACAGAUUCCAGCGAACAGAGAACCAGAGAAAAGAAGAGAGAUGAUGGAAAAUGGAGGGACUAUGACAGAUACUAUGACAGGAGUGACUUAUACAGAGAGAAGUCUGGAUGGCGACGAGGCAGGAGUAAAAGUCGCAGUAAAAGCAGAGGGCUAAGUCGAAGCCGUAGCCGCAGCAGGGGCAGAAGCAAAGACCACGAAGCGAGCAGAAGUGCUGAGCAUAGGGAGAGAUCAAAAUUCAAGACUGAGAGAAAUGAUGAAGGCUCCUAUAAUCCAGUUUCCUUGUCUCCCAGUAACUCUACUGAACAGUAUUCCUCUGCACAGUCUAUUCCCAGUGCUGUUACUGUAAUUGCGCCUGCUCACCAUCUUGAAAACACAACAGAGAGCUGGUCAAACUUUUAUAACAACCACAGCACUCCUGGUUCAUUUGGCAGAAACCCUCCACCUAAAAGAAGAUGUCGAGAUUAUGACGAGCGAGGGUUUUGUGUGCUUGGCGAUCUUUGCCAGUUUGAUCACGGAAAUGACCCGUUAGUAGUGGAUGAAGUGUCCUUGCCAAGCAUGAUCCCUUUUCCUCCACCGCCUCUGGGCCUUCCUCCUCCUCCUGGUAUGCUUCUGCCCCCCAUGCCAGCUCCAGCUCGCAAUAUGAGGAUGCCCGUUCCCCAGGCUCACCCGCAGGCACCACCUCCUGUUGUGCUUCCUGUACCAAGACCACCUCUAACACAGUCAAGUUUGAUAAGUAAUCGUGACCAGCCUGGGACAAGUGCAGUGCCCAGCCUUGCACCUGUAGGAGCAAGGCUGCCUCCUCCUUUACCCCAGAACCUACUGUAUACAGUAUCAGAACAUACAUAUGAGCCAGAUGGCUAUAACCCUGAAGCUCCUAGUAUUACCAGUGCUGGUAGAUCUCAGUAUCGACAGUUCUUUACAAGAGCACAAACGCAGCGUCCAAAUCUAAUUGGCCUAACAUCUGGGGAGAUGGAUACAAAUCCAAGAGCUGCCAACAUUAUCAUCCAGACUGAACCUCCCAUUCCCAUUACAAAUAAUAGCAGCAAYGUGACCAGAGUCGUGCUUGAACCAGACAGCAGGAAAAGAUCUCCAAGUAGUAUGGAAUGUCCGUCAUUAAAGAAGCCAUGGAUGGGAAAGCAAGCCAAUAACAGCCAGAAUAAGCCAGGAUUUUUGAAGAAGAAUCAAUAUACUAACACAAAGUUAGAAGUUCGAAAAAUUCCACCAGAAUUAAACAACAUUACACAGCUUAAUGAACAUUUCAGUAAAUUUGGAACUAUUGUAAACAUUCAGGUUGCUUUCCAGAAUGAUCCUGAAGCUGCUUUAAUUCAGUACUUAACUAAUGAUGAGGCUAGGAAGGCCAUUUCCAGCACAAAGGCAGUUUUGAAUAAUCGAUUUAUAAGGGUACUGUGGCACAGAGAAAAUGAACAGCAGCCCCCAUUGCUGCAGCAGCAACAGCAGCCGUCACCCUCACAGCCUCUUCAUCACCAGCUUCACCUUCAGCAGCAAGGCCUGGCYUCAGCUCCAGCUGUAACUGUGCAUAGCAAUAUGUCAAAGGUGAUGAGUAAGCCGAUGGCAUCUGGUGCUUAUGUCCUUAAUAAAGUCCCAAUGAAACGGCGCCUUGGAGCAACAGGUGGAAACCAGCCUGACUUAAGCCAGGCUGGGGCUGUAGCAGAGGAUUCCCAGUCAUUUCCUACUUCUACCACCCACUCAAAAAUGGUUUACAGUUCUUCAAACUUAAAAACAUCUAUGAAGCCUGGUGCAGGGUCUAAACCUCAUGAUGUGCAAGAGGCUCUUAAAAAAAAACAGGAGGCAAUGAAACUCCAACAAGACAUGAGGAAAAAGAAGCAAGAGAUGUUAGAAAAACAAAUAGAAUGCCAGAAGAUGUUGAUAUCCAAACUAGAGAAGAAUAAGGCCAUGAAACCAGAAGAGAGAGCAGAAAUAAUGAAGACCUUGAAAGAACUAGCAGGAAAAAUAUCUCAGUUAAAGGAUGAAUUAAAAACGUCGUCUGCAUCCUCUACUCCAUCAAAAUUAAAGUCCAAGACAGAGGCACAAAAGGAACUUUUAGAUGCAGAACUGGAUUUUCAUAAAAGACUCUCCUCUGGAGAAGACACAACUGAACUGCGAAAAAAGCUAAAUCAGUUACAAGUAGAGGCCGCGCGUUUAGGCAUCUUGCCUGUUGGUCGAGGAAAGGCGAUGCCUGUCCAAGGUAGAGGACGAGGAUGGGGUCGUGGUGGGAGAGGAAGAGGCAUGUUGAAUCACAUGGUGGUCGAUCAUCGUCCCAAAGCACUGACAGUUGGAGGCUUCAUUGAAGAGGAAAAAGAUGAAUUGUUACAGCACUUCUCUAAAUUUGGAGAUAUAGAAGACCUUCAAGAAGAGGAUUCCCCACUAAGUGUUGUUCUAACUUUUAAAUCCCGCUCAGAAGCUGAGAAUGCUGCUAACCAAGGAUCCCGCUUCAAAGACCGAAAGCUGCAAAUAUCAUGGUACAAACCUAAGGUACCCUCUGUGUCCACAGAAACUGAGGAAGAGGAAUCUAAAGAAGAGGAAACUGAAACCUCAGAUUUAUUUUUGCACGAAGAUGAUGAUGAUGACGACGAAGAUGAAGAUGAAUCCCGGUCUUGGAGAAGAUGAAAGUUCAUGUUGGAAAUGUAUAAUUUUAAGAGUAUAGUUCAAGCUACAUCUUUUAAACAUUUAUUUAAGAAAGUUGAUGAGCCAAAAAAGCUUUACUUUCUUUUCAAACUGCAAGAUUUAAAGCAAGCAAAGGUUGUUAAAAAAACAUUUCGCAUAUGGAGCUGUGAUACUAAGCUAGCCAAAGGCCCAGUAACUUUUACAGAAUUAUCAAGCUCACUGGGGGUGAUGAUUUUUCUAUUUAAGAAUGAUAAAAAGAGAAAGAGAAAACAAAAAUAGUAUUUUCUUGUCCUCUUUUUGUGUCGCCUGUUUUAUCUUAUUUUGGAUUUUUUAUAAUGUGGUUAUUUUGUUAGUUUAUAAUUGAAAAGAUGUUAAAGAUUUUAUUUAGCAAUAUUAUAACUUUGGGGGAAAAGACACACAAGUUUCCAUUAAAUGUUAUAAAAGAAAAAAAUGCCUCAUUUACUAAUUGACGUAGCAUUUUAUUUCAUCUGUAAUGACCUAUUGUAGAAAGUACUUGUGGCUAAGUUCACAAAUCAUUUAUUUUGCAGGAGACCACACGAUUUCCAUGUUCUACUACUUUGUGCAAAAGGAGUUGAAACAACUGAUUUAACUGGGUAUUACUAUAAUAUUGUCCAGCUGUAGCUCACGCUCUUCAAUCCUGCUUCACCAAAAAAACCCCAGCAACAACAAGGAACAGAUCUGAGUAAAUUUUCACUUGCUAUUGAUUUUUGUCUUGUUUCAGUGCAAGAUUUAAAAUCAGAGCUAGGCUGUUCAUUUCAUUUCAAUAUUAGUGAACACAGAUAAAAUGAGUUUCAUGCUUCUCAGAAAACUGAGCUGGCACCUGUGUGCRUGCGUGCACCUACACACACAAGAUCACCUCUUCCUCCUCUCCCUUUAACCAAAUUUUUAAUACCUUUAUUUAUGUUCAAGUUAAAUCCAUGAAGUGCUCAGAGCAAGUUAUUUUUUUAGCCAUUAGAAUGUCAGUUACCUGCCCAAAGACUUGCAUUAAACCAACACUCUAAGUGCUGUCUUCAGAGUAAUGUUCAGACUUGGUUUUUCAAGGAUUAUUCACUUAAAUGUGAUKUUAGACGUAUUUGAAGUGAACACCGUUAUAUUCUCAGUUGCCUUAUCUUGGUAUCACUUUAGCAUAUAUCCAUGGAUGUAUACACACACACACAGAGCAAAAAUGUGAUAGAAAUUAGGAUAACAAAUUUAAGUGCUUGAGCCAUAUAUCUUAACUAUUACGUGGCUCUUACAGCUCAUGAACAGAGGUGUUACAUAGCAAGCAUUUCCUUAACUCUCUGCAUUCGUACCGUACACUUUCAGUACACUUUUUAUGUAUGUUUCUGUACAAAAUAAACUGAAUGACGGUGCAAAAAUGCUCUCCUCUUUUGAAUAAUUAGUUUAUUAGGAUAUUUACUAGGUAGUUCCUGAGUGAAUGUAAAUAUGCAUCAGGACCUUAGAGGUAGAAUAGGUCUGAACUUAGCCAGGGAGCUGAAACUGAGCAAGUCUUUGGGUUAAGAGUUCCCCAAACUUUAUACGCCACCACAGCAAGUGGAUAAUAAAAAGCCCAACAAUGUAGUUUUGCAUUUCCUUAUUAGUGGAAGGAAUAUGUCUUCCA